AAAGCACUUCCGAACCUGUGAGAAGGGAUGGAUAGUAAUAUCCACCUGGGUAGUUUGAUAAGUCGACACGAUGACGAAGCCACAAGAACAUCUACCUCGGAAGGGCUGGAAGAGGGUGAAGUGGAGGGGGAGACGCUCCUGAUUGUAGAGUCGGAGGACCAGGCAUCAGUGGACUUAUCUCAUGAUCAGAGUGGGGAUUCCCUCAACAGUGACGAAGGAGACGUGUCCUGGAUGGAGGAGCAGCUGUCCUUCUUCUGUGACAAGUGCCAAAAGUGGAUUCCGGCCAGUCAGCUGAGGGAACAGAUCAGUUACCUUAAGGGGGAUAACUUUUUUAGGUUUACUUGUUCUGAUUGUUCAGAAGAUGGCAAGGAGCAGUAUGAAAGGCUGAAGCUAACAUGGCAGCAAGUUGUCAUGUUGGCAAUGUACAACUUGUCUCUGGAAGGAAGCGGACGCCAAGGUUACUUCAGAUGGAAAGAAGAUAUCUGUGCUUUUAUUGAGAAACAUUGGACCUUUUUACUAGGGAAUAGGAAAAAGACUUCAACCUGGUGGAGCACAGUAGCGGGUUGCCUCAGUGUGGGAAGUCCGAUGUACUUCCGUUCAGGCGCUCAGGAAUUUGGAGAACCAGGAUGGUGGAAACUUGUUCACAACAAGCCCCCCACAAUGAAACCUGAAGGAGAGAAGCUGUCUGCCUCUACUCUGAAAGUAAAAGCCUCGAAACCAACUUUAGAUCCCAUCAUUACUGUCGAGGGACUUAGGAAACGGGUGAGUCGGAAUACUGUGGAAUCUGCCAUGGAAUUAAAAGAGAAAAGGUGUCGUACUCAGGAAGCAAAAGACAUUAGAAGAGCUCAGAAAGAGGCAGCGGGCUUCCUUGACAGAAGCACUUCUUCUACCCCUGUCAAGUUCAUCAGCCGAGGCCGCAGGCAGGAUGUGAUUCUUGAAAAAGGAGAAGUGAUUGACUUUUCGUCCUUGAGCUCCUCUGAUCGCACCCCCCUGACAAGCCCGUCUCCUUCUCCUUCUCUGGAUUUCUCUGCCCCUGGAACACCCGCAUCUCAUUCAGCCACUCCUAGCUUGCUUUCAGAAGCAGAUCUCAUUCCAGAUGUGAUGCCCCCACAAGCCUUGUUUCAUGAUGAUGAUGAGAUGGAAGGUGAUGGAGUCAUAGACCCAGGAAUGGAGUACGUUCCACCCCCUGCUGGGUCGGCAGCUUCUGGGACAGUGGUCGGGGGCAGAAAGAAGGUCAGAGCACCUCAACAGAUAAAGCAGGAGGUAGAGAGUGAGGAGGAAAAACCCGACAGGAUGGACAUUGACAGCGAAGAUACGGAUUCCAACACGUCUUUGCAAACAAGGAUUCGAGAAAAGAGGAAGCCUCAACUGGAGAAGGACACGAGACCUAAAGGUCCCAAGUAUACGCCUGUGAGCAUCUAUGAGGAAAAGCUGCUUCUGAAGAGGCUGGAAGCUUGUCCCAGUGCUGUUGCUAUGACACCAGAAGCUCGGAGACUGAAGAGGAAGUUGAUUGUCAGACAAGCAAAAAGGGAUAGGGGAUUACCACUUUUUGAUUUGGAUCAAGUUGUUAAUGCUGCUCUUCUGUUAGUUGACGGGAUUUAUGGAGCCAAAGAAGGAGGCAUUUGUAGGCUUCCAGCUGGCCAUGCCACAUACAGAACAACCUGCCAAGACUUCAGAAUCCUUGACCGAUACCAGACUGCCUUGCCGUCCAGGAAAGGAUUUCGGCACCAGACCACUAAAUUUUUGUAUCGUUUGGUGGGGACAGAAGACAUGGCUGUGGACCAGAGUAUCAUCAGCCCUUACACUUCUCGGAUCUUGAAGCCUUAUAUCAGGCGUGACUAUGAAACAAAGCCACCCAAACUGCAGCUCCUGUCACAGAUCCGCUCCCACCUGCACAGGAGCGACCUGCACUGGACACCGGAGCCUGACGCGCCUCUCGAUUACUGCUAUGUUCGGCCCAACCACAUCCCCACGGUCAACUCCAUGUGCCGUGAGUUCUUCUGGCCGGGCAUCGACCUGUCUGAGUGCCUGCAGUAUCCAGACUUCAGUGUGGUUGUCCUUUAUAAAAAAGUCAUCAUUGCCUUUGGCUUCAUGGUUCCCGAUGUGAAAUACAACGAAGCUUACAUUUCAUUUCUAUUUGUUCACCCUGAAUGGAGAAGAGCAGGCAUUGCGACUUUCAUGAUCUACCAUCUGAUUCAGACCUGCAUGGGCAAGGAUGUGACCCUUCACGUCUCAGCAAGCAACCCUGCUAUGCUGCUGUACCAGAAAUUUGGAUUCAAGACGGAAGAAUAUGUCUUAGAUUUUUAUGAUAAAUAUUACCCCUUGGAGAGUAAGGAGUGUAAACAUGCAUUCUUUCUGAGGCUCCGUCGCUGAUGGAAACGCAGCUCUUCACAGAGAAGUGUAUCUGCUGUGAGAGAAGGGGUCUUCACAUAGAGGCGGUUAUUCCUUUCACUGUGGGUCUCAUCCUCCUGCCGUUAGACUUCGUUCUAACCUCUGAAUUGAGGGGAGAAGAGUGGUGGGCAGGGGAAGCAGUAGGAGCAGACCUGCAGCAGAGUAACUCCAGUCCUCUGUUUCAUCCAACAUCCUGGGACUCUGUAUGUAAAAAUGGUGUGGUGGGGGCGUCUGACCUCCUCUAACUUCACAAGGGGGAAGAAUCAGCAUCAGCAGCCUGAGGCUGAGGCCAGACAUGCCUCCACCCUACAUCCUUUUUACCAAUUCUGACACCUUAGUUAACUGAAAGUGAAUGGUGCGGCAGUCCUUCCACCUGACAGUUUGUAAAAGAGCAUCUGAAUUGAUAUUCUUGGUGAGAGAGAAUCAGUCUGUCCUAAUCUAAAGAUGAGAAAAUGUGUAGCUGUUAAGAUUCACAUAGUGGCGAGAGGCGCUUUCCUGCAGAAGGCACCCUGUGUCCUAGGACUAGAGGAGCUUGUGAGAUGAUUACAGAGGGAUUCCAGCCCUCUUCCAGCCAUUGACAGUGUGUUGUCAGUGACUCUGGGAAGACUUAGGGCACGGAAGUUCUGUUGUCUCUCUUGCUGGCUUUGGCCAUAGCCAGUGAAAGUAAACUACUAAACGUUUGUGUCUCUACAUUGCUUCAUCUGUUUUACCCGUUUGCAUCUCCCUGACAGGGACUGCGCCCGGGAUUGAAGGAUCUCAUUCUAGUGUCUGUGGAAGCUGGUUUGAGUUGGAGCCAUUGAACAGCCUGCCGUGUAGAUUGCUCUCCAUGGCACUUGCUCAUGCCCAGGACAGUUGAGCUGCUGGAGUGAAGAUUCAGAAAAUGGUGCAACAAACCUCAUUACCCACCACCUAUGUUCAGCAAUUGUCAAGAUUUUGCCACAUUUGCUUCAUUUGUUUCUUUGCUAAAGUGUUUUAAAGUUUGUUGCAGCACUAUUCCCAAUAGCAAAAAGAUGGAGUCAACCUAAGUGCUCUUCAGUGGAUGAAUGGAUAAAGAAAAUGUCAUGCAUACAUACAAUGGAAUACUCUGCAGCCGUAAAGAAUAAUG